GAAGAAGGCAGGCAACGGCGUCCACCACACCAGCCCGUCAGUGGUUGAGUAGCGGUGGAGGGAGGAGUAUCUCUUAAUUGUGUGUGGUGCUUCGUUGAAAGAAAAUUUCUUAACUUGAUAGUAGAAAGAUAUCGCUUUGUGUGUACGUGGAAAAUAGGGAUCUCUGAAUGAUCCCAAGAGAUUUGUCGUUGGAUGACAUAAUCAGAAAAUGGGUAUGAUUAAUGUAAAGCAGUGAUUUAGUGAAAGAACAUCAGCAUGGAGGUGAUAGACACCCUGGACCGGGACUGCUCCGCGCUGGCUGGGCUCUUCCAAAUGGUUAUCAAUGACAUGAAGGGGAGCGGGCCCAUGUGGGAGGACUUCCUGACGCGGGCCAGCAAGCUACAGCACGCCCUCAAGGCGAUGCUUGUGGCUCUUACUUCCUUCCUCGACGCCUUCCAGAGGAUUGCAGACGCCGCUACCAGCACCAGAGGUGAGUCCCAAGAUUGCCAGGUAAGGGCAGGUGACGACAGGUGAUGAUGAGAGAGGUGAUGCCGCCGCCGCCGCUGCCUGGCCUGGUAGGUGUGGUGAGGCUGCCUGUUGUGUGUGGUGAUGUGGUGUGUGAUGUGGUGGUGGUGUGUGGUGAGGUUGCCUGUGUGUGUGUGUCUUCGUGUGUGUGGCUGUGGCUGUGCUUGUUAUGUUAUUAUGAUGGUAAUAUGUGGUGGUGAAGGCUUUGAUGGUGAUGUGCCUUGCUGGUGAUGUCAUGAGUGAUGAUGGCGCUUACUGUAAUGGCGGUGGUAAUUGUGGCGGUGAUGUGGGCUUUGAGUGAUGGUAAGAGCUCUGAAUGAAGGAACCUUUUUUUGUGGUGGUGGUGUUUGGUGGUGGUGGUGAGGCCAAGCAAACAAAGGACCCAGGAGCAGCAGGAGCAGCAGCAGAAGGAACAGCAGAAGGAAAAGCAGCAGAAGGAGAGCGUGGAGGGGCUGAAAGGAAAGGGUCGAGGGGCCAAAACUGAAUGAAGGUUUAGAUCAUGUUGCUGCUUCUUGUGGCUUUGUUUUGCUGCUUCUCUCCUGACCAGUUUUAGCACCACCACCACCACCACCACCACCACCACCACCACCACAGGGCACUACUAAAGCAGCCUUAGGGACUCUCUGGGCAGGACACAAAAGCACUCACAAAGGGCGCCAGUGAAGUGUGGCCAAUAAAACUGACAGAGAAGUGAAGGCGAGGAGAGAUGCGGUAGAUAAUCAUUUUAGUACAUUUUUAUUUAUUUUUAUUUUUAUUUUUCAUUUUUGGGCUGUUGUUGUUGUUGU